GAAGAAGAAACUGGUUGUUGUUGAAGUGAACCCUAAGUCAGCUUAUGUUUUCGUGUCUUCAUGUCUGAGGCAUAGUGUGAAGGCUUUGGGAGCCAUGGGCCUUGUAGUUGGAAGAUUAAGAUAGCACCUGGGUCGUGGACCAUGAGGCCGCAGGCCUUAUUAGACAUUUAGUUAAUUUCCAAGUGGCCUUAGGCCUAGUUACAUUAGGGACAUUAUAGUAAUUUCAUGAUACUAGUAUAUGAGUCUGUUGUGAGGAGUAGAGAGACUAUUCUGGAAUAUUUUACUGUUCACGCUGUUUGGAGGAGCUCCCCCUCGAAGAGAGCAUUAUCCCUUUUAUUUUACAGAUCUGAUUCAAUACAAAUUACUACUAUCCAUUAUACAACUAUUCUUCUCAAUCUUAUAUACUGUUACAAGUGGUAUCAAGAGCCCCUUUCCUGCUUUUGAAAUCAUGGCUGAAGGCACAAGACUCAAAGAUCUCAAUGAAGGCUUUCAAUCCUUCAAGCGUUCGACAGAAGUUCACAUCCAACAGACCGAUUCCCAGUUUACUACAAUCAGCGUGGAGAUGCAGGCAAUGAGGCGGCAGAUGGAAGCUAUGAUGCAGCAAUUUUCUACAAUGGCGUCAGAUCUGCAUAAAGUUAACACAAUAUUAUCAACUGGACCAAGCAACAAUGGAGAUAGUUCCAUAAAUCAGCAGCUGGUAAAUCACCCAGGAGAUGUUCAACCUCGAGCUGUAAGGUUAGCUUUUCCUGUUUUCAAUGGGGAUGAUCCCCAUGGCUGGCUCUACAAGGUGAAUCAGUUUUUUACCUUCCACAAUACACUUCCACAACACCGUUUACGGUUAGUGUCCUUUCAUGUGGAGGGUAAGGCACUAGUUUGGUUUCAAGAUUUAGAUGAAUCAGGUUUGUUGAUUGGUUGGGAGGAGUUUGUGACAGCUUUAUUGCUAAGAUUUGGGCCUUCUAGUUAUGAUGAUCCUAUGGAACAAUUAACUAGGCUAAGACAAGUGGAUACGGUGGAGGAAUAUAAGGCUAAUUUCGAAGCAUUGUCUAAUCGGCUACGGCGAUUAUCAGAGUCUUAUAAGCUAAGCUGCUUUCUCAGUGGCUUAAAGGAUGAAAUCAGAUUAACUGUUAGGAUGUUUAAUCCAAAUAGUUUAAUGGAAGCUUAUGGGCUGGCCAGAAUUUAGGAGGAGAAAGUUUCUCUCCAUAAGAAAUUAAACCCACGACACCAACAGCCCCAUUACAAUGACCCACCAUCUCUUAAACUGUUACCCAAUCCAUACCAGCCAAGACCAAGC